CUCUUUGAACUCCGUGCUUAAAGAAAGGGAAAAUGAAAAAACGGCAACCCACACCACACACAUCUCACAGUACUAAUGUAAACGCCAAUCUCGAUAUACACCACAUCACUCUACUCUCCCCCUUCUCUUAAACUCUCACAAAGCCCACGCUAAGAAGCACAAACGCGCAUACACACAAACGCGCACUCCCCCUCCCCCCCCCCCCCCUGAAAAUCAGUUGCGGAGUGAGAUCUCUCUGCCAGCAUCAAUCUCUCAACAGAUAAUCUUAAAAAAGGGACCAAUCAAAGUCGUCCAGCAAAUGAAGGCCCAAACUAAAUCUAUUAACCCUCUCCCCGGCUUUGAACACAAGAGGGAUGCGUAUGGAUUUGCGGUGAGACCGCAGCAUGUACAAAGAUACAGAGAAUAUGCUAAUAUCUACAAGGAGGAAGAGGAGGAAAGAUCGGAUAGAUGGCAAACCUUCCUGGAACAGCAGGCAGAUUCAGCUCGAUUGCCAAUGAAUGGGAUAUCUUCUGAGAAAGAUAUCAAGGAAUUGCAUGCAGAAGCAAAAGAACAAGAGACCAGAAAUGGCUCACAGAAGAACAUUGAAGGAGUUGAUAUACGUGGUGAGAAACCUAGUUCUGAUGUUUUACUGGAAAAUGUUACAGAAAAGGAUGAGAAACAGCCAGCAACCAGUAAAAAAACUCAUAGGAUCCAAAUUUGGACCGAGAUCAGACCAUCCCUUCAUGCCAUUGAGGAUAUGAUGAGUCUUCGCAUCAAGAAGAAAGGCAAUCAAUCAAAAGACCAGCAAGAGACUAAAAGAGAAAGGAUGGUACCUCCUUUUGAAGAUGCUAAAUCACCAAAAGGAGCACCUGAAGAAGAUUCUGAAGAUGAGUUUUAUGAUGUGGAAAGAUCAGAUCUGAUUCAAGAUGCACCUGCCAGUGACGGUGCCCCUGCCACAGGUACUGCUUCUGAUGCACUGCCUCUAGAAUCUUCAUUUCCUUGGAAAGAAGAGCUGGAGGUCCUUGUACGCGGAGGAGUCCCAAUGGCACUCAGGGGAGAGCUCUGGCAAGCAUUCGUGGGUGCAAGGGCACGCCGAGUGGAGAAGUAUUACCAGGAUCUGCUUGCUUCAGAAACUAAAUCCGGAAAUCAUGCAGACCAACAGUCAGACAGUAACACUAAAGGUUCAACUACUGACACUGUUUGUGUACAAGAGAAAUGGAAAGGUCAGAUCGAGAAGGAUUUGCCUAGAACUUUCCCAGGUCAUCCUGCAUUGGACAAUGAUGGUAGAAAUGCUCUGAGGCGAUUACUGACAGCAUAUGCUCGACAUAACCCCUCCGUUGGGUACUGUCAGGCCAUGAAUUUUUUUGCUGCCUUGUUACUACUUCUGAUGCCUGAAGAAAAUGCCUUUUGGACACUGAUGGGUGUUAUUGAUGACUAUUUUGAUGGCUAUUACUCAGAGGAAAUGAUAGAGUCACAGGUUGACCAACUUGUUUUUGAGGAGCUGGUGCACGAAAGGUUUCCGAAAUUGGUCAACCAUCUUGAUUACCUGGGAGUGCAAGUUGCUUGGGUUACAGGGCCAUGGUUCCUUUCCAUAUUCAUGAAUAUGCUACCAUGGGAAAGUGUUCUCCGAGUCUGGGAUGUCCUCCUUUAUGAAGGAAACCGUGUCAUGCUAUUUAGGACAGCACUUGCUUUGAUGGAGUUAUAUGGCCCUGCAUUAGUUACCACUAAGGAUGCUGGAGAUGCAGUUACUUUACUACAGUCACUGGCAGGCUCAACAUUUGAUAGCAGUCAACUUGUCUUCACAGCCUGCAUGGGUUACCAAAAUGUAAAUGAAACCAGAUUACAAGAGCUGAGAAAUAAGCAUCGGCAAGCUGUUAUAACUACAGUUGAGGAAAGAACAAAGGGGCUUCAAGCUUGGAGGGAUUCUCAGGGUCUGGCAACUAAGCUAUAUAAUUUCAAGCAUGAUCCUAAGUCAUUACUGAUGGAAACAAAUAAACAGACUAGUGGUGAAUUAUCUCGUUCAGAGUCUGGAUCCACCAAUGCAGAUGAAGUUCUUAUUAGCUUGACAGGGGACACAGAAAUAGAUAGUGUUCCAGAUCUUCAAGAUCAGGUAGCGUGGUUGAAGGAUGAACUGUGCAAGUUGCUAGAGGAGAAAAGAUCUAUUGUACUCAGAGCUGAGGAGUUGGAGACAGCUUUGAUGGAGAUGGUCAAGCAGGAUAAUCGGCGGCAAUUGAGUGCUAGGGUUGAACAGUUAGACCAAGAAGUUUCUGAGCUGCGGAGGGCUCUUGCUGAUAAGCAAGAACAAGAAAAUGCCAUGCUGCAGGUCUUAAUGCGGGUGGAACAAGAGCAAAAGGUAACUGAAGAUGCUCGCAUAUAUGCUGAGCAAGAUGCGUCAGCACAGAGAUUUGCUGCUCAAGUGCUUCAGGAAAAGUAUGAACAGGCCCUUGCGUCACUUGCUGAAAUGGAGAAACGAAUGGUUAUGGCAGAAUCAAUGUUGGAGGCCACCUUGCAGUAUCAAUCUGGUCAACUUAAAGCACAACCUUCUCCACGAUCUUCACAUCUAGAUUCACAAACACGUGGAAAUCAAGAGCCUGCACAAGAUAUACCUGCGAGAAAGAUUGGUUUACUGGCUCGGCCGUUUGGACUUGGAUGGCGUGACCGAAACAAGGGGAAACCCGCUACUGUUGAGGAUGCAAGUGAUGAUAAGCCUUCGAAUGAGGUGCAGAAUCCAAGUGUUGAGCAGGAAACUAAUGGCAUUUCAGCACACGACAAGGAAUAGAGAACUGCAGAUUUACUAUAAUGAUAGGUAGAUCUUGAAAUCUCCUGCUUGUUGGGUUGGUAGAUAUUUUUUGUGUGCGAAUGCAAGUUCUCAGGCAGGGUGUAGAUUAGUAUCUGUCUUUGUUUUUACAGCCAUUGUAGAGCCCAUUGCCAUUAAUUAUUUGCUCAUUAAACAAUAACAUUAGUUUAGAGGCGAAGAGAAUGUAAGAAGAAACAUGAUAUCAUUAGUGAAACAAUUGUAUAAAUCUUACAUUGGUUGGCUGGCAGUUAAGUUCAUUUUGGUGAAAUAUGAAGGAAACGUGUCAGUUGCUACAA